GAAAGUGUUUGUGGUCGUCCUCGCACAAUCAAGCGACAGCCGCGUCGGGGGUGUGUGCGUCAGCUGUGCGGAAUUGAGCUGCGUGCGUUGCUGGUGCGAGGAUGCCACUUGAUUCCAGAACUGAUAGUCGCGUGCAAUUCCAAGGAAUUUUGGUGGCUUUCAGCCAACGUCGUCGGUGAGACGCAAGCAGUCAGUUCCAAGAAUGGAGGGGAGAGGCACUAACGCCCCUCAUGAUGCGCACCUGGACGCCCGCGCAAAGAGAGCCACGGAGCGUUCUUCGGAGAACAUGCACAUCCUCGUGAACGACCCUUCGCUGGCGCUGUACCGCAUCCAGGAGCACAUCCGCAAGGCGCUGCCGCCGACGGUGGAACGGCGCGGCGAGGUGGUGCACAUGCACCGGCAGCUGCAGGGCCGCUGCUACGACGCCGAGUACGCCAUCAGUGCUGUGAAGGGAAUGCAGAAAGCGGAGCCGAUCUUCUCUAAUAUCCAAGAACUUUUGCGGAAUUCGCUUUUCCUCCGGCAACAGCUUAUUUAUGAAGAGAAGCGGAACAGGGAGAGGACGGAGCCGAGCAUGUACAAACGCCUCUCGUCGCACAUCUCGCUCGACCUGACCGACCUGCCCGACCUGGGCGACGCCUGGCGAGAGACCGCCUCCCGGGUGGAGUCGGUGUUCGCGCACGCGCGCAGCUCGAUGGCCGAUAGGGAGGACAAGUCAGAGCACCGCAGGAGCACGGCCAACUGAGCGUCAGUCGCUGCUUGUUGACGGCUGUCUUCGAGUCUUGUGGCGGGUCUCUAGCCGCUUGUUUCCGAGCAGCCGGCGCGACGUGUUUGUUGCAGCUGGUCUUGAAGUGGUCGUGGCUGGUCUGCAGCCGUUUCCGAGUGGUCGAGCUCUGCUGUAGUCGCUCGGCUGCGAGCGGUCUGGUGCGCCUGGUCGUGUGUUGUCUGUGAGUGUCCACUCGUGGAUCGUUGACGAGUCCUGGCGUCAGAAGCUCCACAUUCUGUCACUUUUCAUAUCUUGACGCAUGUCACAAUAUCACGGGGUACUGAAAAUGUCCGCUUUAUUCUGGUAGUUGCUCGUACCUCUGUCGCAGUGUAGCGGUUGUCUUAGAAGACAUCACUGCAACAUGAGAAACGUGACGGUACGGGUGUUACGGCUGUUAGUCAGCCCCAUGAUCUCCGCCAGGGGGUGAGAACAGUGUUCCUCGGCACACUCGCAUGGUCGCGUCAUACGCUCACCUGUUCCCAUAUGUUCUGAAAUAGACCUGGUCAAAGCA